AGUUUCGAGCCUGUUAGUUUGCUCCGGGUCACACGCGGGCCCUCACCAUGAAGGGCGUUCUCCUCUUAUGCACCUUGCUGCUGGCUCCCUGCGGCGGAGGCAGUGACCCUGGGGCAGCCUGGCCCACGCACAUGGCCUGCAGAAACGGAGACUUGCAAGUGUUCUACCAGAGCUGUGAUCCCUUGCAAGACUUCGGUUUCUCCAUCGACCAGUGCUCCAGACAAGUAAGGCCCAAUGUCAACAUCCGAUUCGGGAUCAUUCUGAGGCAAGACAUCAGCCACCUGUUUCUGGACGUAACUCUGGUCUCCAAGGGCGUGACUAUUCUCAGCUAUUCCUACCCCAUCUGUGAGGAGGAUCUCCCCAAGUUCUCCUUCUGUGGAAGAAGGAAAGGAGAGCAGAUUUACUAUGCUGGCCCCAUCGGUAAUUCUGAAUUUGACAUUCCCCAGGGAAAAUACGAGAUUUUGCUAGAACUGUACAAUGAACAUCGUUCUAUUGUGGCCUGCGCCAAUGCUACCGUCCUCUGCUCCUGACUGACCUGUCCUGCAAGUUCCACCUCUUUGGAACGCCCGGUUCCCUGGACUGAGCCUGCCGUGGAGGAACUGGACAUCAACAGAA